UUGAAACACAGAAAUAGCAGGAGAAUUUGAAAAUUGUGGGAGCCAACGGGGAUGUCUAGAGACGAUACUGAUUUCGCCUCUUCCUCUCUGAUUUCCGAGAUUAUUACAAAUACCUUCGAACUGAUUUAUAGACAGACGGGCUCUGAAAUAGCCUUCAUUUCAAAUUCUUUGGAUUAAAACCGGAACGUAAAAUUGAUGCAUGCUUAUGUGAAGCAGCUAGUGAAGAUGUGUCUCCCUGGUAUCUUCAUUGUUACCCUGUUGACCCUCUCUAUUUCUGCUGUCCAUGGUGGGAAAGUCCUGGUGUUUCCUCAAGACGGCAGCCACUGGGUCAACAUGAAGGUCAUUAUUGAAGCGCUGCAUUCAAGAGGUCACAGUGUGUCAGUAGUACGGCCAUCAGACAGCUGGUACAUCAAGGAAACCUCUCCCCACUACAGUUCAAUCACAAUUGAUAGUCCAGGUGGAGCUGAUGAGGAAUUAUUUAGCUCAUUUGUGUCAAGACUAAUACAGAUAAAGAGAGAGGGAAACUCUGCUUGGACUCGUUUUAGUUUGGACAUGGAGUUGAAGGACGGGUUUUCUGAAAUUCACCGCAAAGUGUGUGAGAUGAUAAUCAAAAUGUUAGAGAAUAAACAGUUGAUGCAGUCUAUUAGAGAAACCAAGUAUGACUUGGUUCUGGCAGACCCAAUAAAUGGGGGAGGCAUUGUGCUGGCGCACUAUUUAAAUGUGCCACUUGUUUUCAAUGUUAGAUGGACUAUAAGCGGUGAGGGUCAUUUUGUUAUUGCUCCCUCUCCACUAUCUUAUGUUCCAAUUCCUGCUGCAGAGUUAACAGACAAGAUGAGUUUUUUUCAGAGGGUCCGUAACUUCCUUGUUUAUAUCACCAGGCAGUAUAUGUACAGACAGACAAUAGAACCUCAUUAUUCUGCCGUAGUUAGUCGUUACUUUGGUCCUGAGGUCGACUACCUCUCAUUGUUUCAAGCUGCUGAUUUAUGGCUCAUGAGAGUUGACUUUGUGUUUGAGUUCCCUCGUCCCACCAUGCCUAAUGUUAUAUAUAUGGGAGGGUUCCAAUGUAAACCUGCCAAGCCUCUUCCCCAAGAACUAGAGGAGUUUGUUCAGAGUUCUGGGGUGCAUGGAGUCAUUAUCAUGUCUUUGGGGACUUUCAUUGGGCAGCUUCCACAUGAUAUAGCUGAUGAGAUAGCUGCUGCUUUUGCCCAACUGCCUCAGAAGGUAAUCUGGAGGUAUAAAGGAGACAGGCCAGCUACUCUGGGCAACAACACCUUACUAGUUGACUGGAUGCCUCAGAAUGAUCUUUUAGGACACCCUAAGACAAGGCUGUUUGUAGCUCACGGAGGAACAAAUGGGAUAUUUGAGGCUAUCUACCACAGUGUUCCAAUAGUAGGCCUUCCUCUGGUGUUCGACCAAACUGACAAUCUUUCUAGAAUGAAAGUGAAGGGUGUAGCAAAGGUUGUGGAUUUAGCAACACUAGAUAGAAACAUAUUCUCCCAGGCCUUACAGGAAGUUCUGGAUGAGCCAUCCUACAGGACGAACAUGCAGAGACUCUCCAGGCUACACAGGGAUGUGCCAAUGGAGCCCCUGGACACUGCCCUCUUCUGGAUUGAGUUUGUCAUGAGACACAAAGGUGCUGCUCACCUGCGUACAGAGUCCUACAGAAUGCCCUGGUACUCCUACCACUCUGUAGAUGUAAUGGUGUUUUUACUGACUGUUGUGUUAUUUACUCUGCUGGCUUUCAUUGGCAUUAUCAGAUGUUUCUGUUGCAGGUCAUGUUUGAAAAUGAAAAUGAAAGAGGAAUGAUUAUGGCUUUCAUCUGUACACAGUGUGGUACAACAAUAUGUUUUUACUUGUCUCACUCAUUAUACUUUUUGUUCACAUGACAAAUAUAUGUGGCAUUGAUGUAGACAUACAGUAUUGUCGACAGAUGUUUUAUCUAUUUGUUUUUUGAAGAUUUUGCUAAACUUACAACUGUACUUUAACUGUUCAGCCCAUUUAACUGUUCAGCCCAUUUAAUCAAAGGUUUGAAUAGGAAAGUCCAAAUGUGCACUUUAAAUAUGAAUGCUGUUAUAGUUGUGUGUGGCUGCUUUCUUUGUGUGUAAUAGUUAAACUGAUGUAAAUGUUGAUUCUUCAGAAGACCGUUAAGGAGCUCUGUUUUUUAAUAAAGAUAUCAUGCAGCUUA